AAAUUUUCUUAUUCACCAUCUUCCAUAUCUCUCUCUCUCUCUCCACACCUACAUCGAUUUUGUCUCAAUCAAAAUGGAACCACCAUGGAUCGACGACAUCGCCGACGACCUCCAAAGCAUAAGCUUCAAUUCCACCACCACCACCACCACAACCGCCACCGAUAUCAACCGGAGCACAAGCUCCAGUUCCGAAACCACGUGGACAACCGCCACUAACUCUUCACGUACCACCAUAACCACCACAAAACCAUCAUCAGGAGACCCCUGUUGGAAUGCUAUACAUUCUGAGCCCAAUAAUGGCAACGGUUUAUCUCUUGCUGACCUCCGGUUCAUUCACAGGCUCGGUGCGGGUGAUAUCGGGUCGGUUUAUUUAUCAGAAAUUAAAAAAUCAUCAUCAUCAAUGAAGAAUGCGGUUUUUGCGGCUAAAGUAAUGGAUAAAAGGGAACUGGCGAGACGAAAUAAAGAAGGAAGGGCCAAAACAGAGAAAGAGAUAUUGGAAAUGUUGGAACAUCCUUUUUUGCCUACCUUGUAUGCCUCUUUAGAGUCGCCUAAAUGGUCGUGUCUUUUGACUGAGUUUUGUCCCGGUGGUGAUCUUCAUGUCCUCCGUCAACGUCAGCCUUUCAAACGCUUCCCUGAUUCCGCCGUCAGGUUUUACGCAUCGGAGGUAGUAGUAGCUAUUGAGUAUCUUCACAUGCUAGACAUUGUUUACCGAGAUCUCAAACCCGAAAAUGUUUUAGUCCGAACCGAUGGUCACAUUAUGCUUACCGAUUUUGACCUCUCUUUAAAAUGUGACCUUACUGCCUCCACCCCGGCUCAAGUUUUCUCGGGUCAAAACGGCCUGAACCCUCUACCACCAUUAUUUUUCGACCCACCUAAAGUGACAUCCUCCUCAUGCAUUUUACCAAAUUGUAGAAUCCCAUCGGUCUCGUGCCUUAAUCCCAUGAGAAGACGCAAGAAAAAGCCUGGGAACCACUCUGGCCCGCAAUUUGUAGCCGAGCCAGUAGACGUGCGUUCUAUGUCAUUUGUUGGGACGCACGAGUAUCUAGCACCCGAGAUUGUGUCGGGGGAGGGGCAUGGAAGUGCGGUGGAUUGGUGGACGUUAGGGAUUUUUAUGUUUGAACUUUUUUAUGGUUUUACGCCUUUUAGAGGGAUGGAUAAUGAGUUAACGUUAGCGAAUAUUGUAGCUCGUGCUCUCGAGUUCCCUAAAGAUCCCGUGAUCCCGGCUAUGGCUAAGGAUUUAAUAUCUCAGUUGUUGGUUAAAGACCCGGUUGGGAGAUUAGGGUCUACUAUGGGCGCCUCGGCUAUCAAACAACACGGGUUCUUUCAAGGUGUGAAUUGGGCACUUUUGAGAUGCACCACACCACCUUAUGUUCCUCCGCCGUAUAACAGGCGUGAAGUUGUGUCGGAUGAUAGUUGUUCUGACACUCCCGUGGAAUAUUAUUAGCAUCAUUAGCGGGUUGAGUUCAGUUCAAACAUUCAAUCAUAAUGUGUAUAGAUUUUGGGUUAUUAUCGAUCUUGUGUUGGAGGAGAUUCUUUGGAUUAUGUAGUGAUACAAUUUCAUGGUAUUUGUGACAAACAACUUGUUUGAAAUUAAGGUGGAACUAGGUAAAAACGUGCGAGUCUAUUUCAAUUUUCAAAUGUAGAAUUUUAUUAUCUACGAUACAUAUUCAUUUUUAA